UCAGAACAUGAAUUUUGAGUGUUUUAGCUUUCAAAUAAUGCAAAGGUUAUGAUGAAUAUUUGAUAUUACAGGGCUCCAGACAGCCACCAAAUGGUGGCAUUUUGCCACCAAAAUUUGAGAGUGUGCCACUGAAAUUAACAUCCAGUCGCACAUGUGCGACCAGUAAAUUUGACCUUUUUUCUGAUGUGACAGUGAAUUUGAAACAGCACACUGUACUCUCUGCAUCUAUCAUCAAAGUAUGUAUUAGUAAUAUAGUGGAAAUUUGUAUAAAUGUGAUUAUUUGGUUAGCAUGUUGAUUUACGGUGUGUGCCCCUAAAUUUUUUGGUUGCACCCCUAACAUUUUCAGUUGGGGGCCACUGCGCUCCUAGUGAAAAAAGUUAGUCUGGAGCCUUGUAUUAAACAAAGUACAGAAACACACACACCCCUAGCGCCCACCCAUGGGCCGUUGCGGGUUAUUAAGUAAUUAGUCUAUAGGACAGUGUCAUUGUUUAUUAUUUCCCUACGAAGAGCUUCAAAGUGUAUUUGAAUGCUUGAAAGCUUAUUUAAACACAAAGUCGAUAUACUAAACUCACUAGACUGACUUCUCUUGUGUUGUCUGUCUUUAGAAGUGACAUUAUAAUUAGUCUCCAUUAAGUCAGUCAAAACCCAACUGAUCAAUAAACUCAACUAAUCACAGGGACAUCCCAGGUGACACAAGAUUUGAACUAUUAAGGACUCCAAACAGUAUAGUCACUGGAUCUUAUCACUGGCAAUAGGAUUAUUAAUAUUUUUACAAUAAGUUUUACUUUCUGUUAAUGGUGCUUAUAUAAAAGUUUAUAUUUUAGCUUGACAACAUCUAAAGGUUGUGGGAUGUAAAAGUGCAGUAAUGCUGUGGCGGUGACAAUUAUCAUUGCUGUUGAUUUACUCAUGAUUAUUCAAAUACUGGAUUUAUUAAUCAUUAUAGAGUUGCGCAAUACAAAUUACAAUUAAACAAAUUUACGUAAUUGUUUAUUUAAAAAAAAAAUCUAAUAUUAAUGGUGUAUGUUGAAUUAGUUUAUUUUUAUGUACAAUACUCACAUGCCCACCAGUUUUAAAAUGACAGAUUGCAUUUUACUGUUGUUUUAUCUCUAUCAUUUACUGUCAUUUUAUCUCUAGCCAAGAAGAUAAAAAGCACAAGCAGGAAAAAAGGGUGUAUUGGGUAACAGUCAUAAAAACCAUUUGGACUAUGGAUGGUCAGAGCAGAUGGCUUUCGUUCUGAAGGGAGCGAUUCACUCGUUUUAAAUUUUAAAUAUUUGUUUUCUCUGUCAGAGAGCUCAAUGAGGGGGGGUGUUUGGGUUUUAGUUCUCCUGUGCGUCUUGGUCGGUGUCUCAUCUACACCGUGUCGUCCCGAGGAGUUUUCUUGUGUAGGAGGCGGUUGUCUGUCUGAGUACAAUGUGUGUGAUUUUAAAGUGGACUGUGAAGAUGGCAGUGAUGAGACAGACUGCUCUCAUUUUAUGAGGUGUGACUUCCAGGAAAGUUUCUGUAGUUUUCAAGUUCAAGAUGAACAUGUUUGGAUCAGAGGCUCAGGUUCAACUUGGUCCAGUACAGAAGUACACCACCAAGAAAAUGUUACUGGUCACUAUCUCUACAUAAAGUCAGAAAAUGGAGAAGGUGUCACAGCUGAAAUAUAUAGUCCUUUCUUACAACCUUCGCAUACCUGCUGGCUGACCUUCAACCAUCAUAUCGGGCUGCUGAAUGGGGCUUUGGCGGUUCUUGUCCAAUCAAAAACUUUGGGAGAGCCACAGAUGGUUUGGUUUCAGUCCACCCCAGGACUUGAUCCACACCCUCAUCGCUGGUUGCGGUCAGUGGUGACGUUAAACAGCAGAGAGGAGUUUAGGGUGGUGAUUAGAGGAUUGAUUUACAACAGCAGUGAUCCACAUGAAAUUGUUGCAAUUGAUGACCUCUCCUUCACAAAAGACUGUGUGGCAGUUGUUGAAAAUGAAAUCAAGGCACCUCUUCCAACUCAGUGCCCCUCUUCUCAGUUUUACUGUGGGGCAAAUAAAUGCAUGGAUGCGGUGAGGGUUUGUGACUUUUCUUCAGACUGCCCCAGCGGAGAGGACGAAGCCAGCUGUUCAUCACAGUGUGAUUUUGAGUCUGACUCAUGCGGUUGGUAUGAGCUUGCCCAGGGUGAUGGAUUUGACUGGGUAAGAGGUUCAGCUAAUGGGGACUUAAAAGAUUAUCAAGACCAAAUACCUCCCCGUGAUCACUCUACUAAUACAAGUAAAGGUCAUUUUAUGUUUAUCUUAAAAAACAGCAACAGUUUUUCCCAGCAAGCUUUGCUACACAGUCCUACAUUUCAACAAUCGGGUUCAGAUUGCAUUAUGUCCUUCUGGCACUAUAAUUCUGGCCAGUCUGUUGGUGCUGCUGAAAUGCACCUGUUAUUUGAUGGCUUGGAUAGCAGCACUAUACUUUGGCAAACACUUUAUAACCAGGGCAACCAGUGGCACCCAGUAAUUGUGCAGAUUGGCAGACAGACCAGACCUUUUCAUCUGUCCAUCACAAAACUGAGUCUGGGAGUAUAUGAAGGAAUUUCUGCCAUCGAUGACGUUAUGUUCAAUAACUGCUCAUUGCCAAAGGCCAUGGAGACGUGCCCGGAUCCUGGUCAGUUUCACUGUGGCCGAAGCAAAGCGUGUGUGAACUCUAUUCAGAUCUGUGACCUGAUUGAUGACUGUGGAGAUGGAACAGAUGAGGAAAACUGCUCCUCAGAGCUAAUGUGUAACUUUGAGGAAGACCUGUGUAGCUGGACUCAGGAUCAAGCGGAGGACAUUUUUGAUUGGACCCGAAUUCAAGGACCCACUCCCACUUUCAACACAGGCCCAUGGAGGGACCACACACGGGCCAGUGUGGAUGGACACUUUCUCUACAUAGAAUCUUCAGAACCACAAAAUUUUAAAGAUACCGCUGUUCUUAUCAGUCUACCUUUUCUCCCAACAUCCAGCAAACCUAAGCAACCCUGCUUUUUUAGAUUUCAUUAUCACAUGUUUGGCCAGCACGUGUUCCGGUUGGCUGUGUACAUGCGUACACGUAACAGUGGGCGGGGCAACCUGUUGUGGGUUCGCUUUGGAGACCAAGGCAACUUAUGGCACCAAAAGAUAUUGCAGAUCAACAGCGCUCACCACUUUCAGAUUUUAGUAGAAGGAACCGUUGGUGAUGACUUCAGAGGAGAUAUUGCUAUAGAUGAUCUUUCUUUUCUUGGAUGUGAGCCAUAUGAAGGUAAAUUGCCCUCAGAGGAACCAAGCACCACAGCCUCUGUGCCCACUUCAUCAGAAGCACCUCCUCACAGCUGCCCCAUUGGCCAGUUUAUGUGUACAACUACAAGAGAGUGUGUGACUGUCAGUCAAGUGUGCGACUUCACACUCGACUGCUCUGAUGGUUCUGAUGAAGAGCAUUGUGUGAAGGAGUUUUGUGGUUUUGAAGAUCAUGAUCUGUGUGGAUGGUAUGUAAGUGACCCUAUCAGUCCUGUUCCUCUCCAUGCUUUUCGCUGGCAGAGAGCACAAGGGGAGAGUAUUCUCUAUGGAGAGCAAAACCACAGACCUGCUAGUGACCAUACACUAGGUACUCCAGAGGGUUGGUAUAUAUUUGCAGACAGUUCCAAUGGAGGUUACGGCCACACUGCUGAUCUAAUGACUCCUCCGAUCAAAACAACAGGACCCCAGUGCACCUUGGUGUUCUGGUAUUAUAUGAGUGGCUUUACUGUUGGAACGCUACAGGUCUUCAUUAAAUCCCAUAAUGUCACACAUGAAGUUUGGUCCCAAAGUGGUAAUCAGGGCAACAGCUGGAGGCGGGGUGAGGUCUUCAUUGGAAUCAAUCACAACUUCCAGGUUGUUCUACGUGCCAAGCGUGGAAUCAGCUACAUGGGUGAUGUUGUAGUUGAUGACGUGGCAUUUGUGGAUUGUGCCGCCCCAUUAAGGACCGAUCUACCCUGUGAUAAGAAUGAGUUUGUCUGUGCCAAUGGUCACUGUAUCUCUGAAGACAACUUGUGUGACUUUAUUGAUCACUGUGGAGAUGGAUUCGAUGAGAAUCAUUAUAUAUGCAAGGGAUUCAGUAGUCGCUGCAAUUUUGAGUUUGACCUUUGCUCUUGGAGACAGAGACAAAAUGAUGAUUUUGAUUGGUUGAUAAAGGCAGGAAAUAUGCCCACUCCACGGAAUGGCCCAUCCACUGAUCACACUCUACGUAACUCAUCAGGUCAUUACCUAUAUCUGAAAGGGUCCUUCCCACAGACUACGGGACAGACUGCACAAAUCAUAGGACCUUUAUUCAGUCACCACAGCAAAGACUGUAAGAUUAUCUUUUAUGUUCACAUGUCCGGUGACGGCAUUGGCACUCUGAAUGUGUACAUGACUACAAACUCCAACCACUCUCUCUUACUUAACCUUACCGGUAAUCAAGGCAACUACUGGAAGAGACAGGAAGUUCCUCUCUCCUCAUCUGAAAACUUUCAGAUUAUGUUUGAAGGCAAGGUGGGCAGCAGCACAGGAGUUCAUAUUUGCCUUGAUGACAUCAUCUUCUCAGCAGGCUGUAUUCUCAGCAGCAGUUUCGAGACAAACUCCACUCCACUGAUACUCUCAGGCUCAUGUCCACCAGGUUCUUUACAAUGUAACAAUGGCAACUGCUACAGAUCCGAGCAGACAUGUGACUUUACUGACAACUGUGGAGAUGGAACUGAUGAAAUGGAUUGUGGGACAUCCUGCUCAUUUGAAAACGGGCACUGUGGUUGGAAAAGCAGCCUGGCGGACACCUUUAGUUGGACUCUUGGAGUUGGUUCUGUUCACAGGAUCAGACCUCCUCAUGACCACACGUUUAAAAACGGAAGCGGUCACUUUGCAUACAUGUCAGCCACUCCAGCUGGAUUGAAGGGCGAUAAAGCUCACAUGCGAAGUUCAGUGUGGAAAGAAUCUAGUGCCAGAUGUAAACUUGUCUUCUGGUACUACAUUUCCGAAAAGGCCAGAGGAGUCAUCCGGCUCUUUGUUAAGACAGAGAAUGAGCUGAAGCAGAUUUGGACACAGCAGGAGAUGUAUGAGGGUUGGAUAAGAGCAGAGGUGCUGCUGAGAAAACUAAGGAACUUUAUUCUGAUAUUUGAAGCGGUUCGGUCACGAGAUGUAAGUGGCGGAGUGGCUCUCGACGACCUGGAAUUCAAUGACUGCGCACCACAAGCUGUACUUCCUGGUUCAUGUCCUGCUCCCACAGAUUUUGUGUGUAAUAAUGGAGACUGUAUUGAGUAUCAUUUGGUGUGUGAUGGUAAAGCAGACUGUUCAGAUGAGUCAGAUGAGAUGGACUGCUUGACCGUUCCAGGAGGUUGUAGUUUUGAUAUGCCUGAAGGUCUUUGGGAGGAAACAUGUCAACUGUCUCAGGAUCCUACUGAUGACUUUGACUGGGAUAUAGGCCAUGGCCGAAUGUUUAAUGGGACAGGACCAUCAGCUGACAACAGCCCUAAUGGAAGAGGGGGUUACUUGUAUGUGAACUCUAGCGCCCAGAGAGAGGGAGAUCUUGCCAGGUUAAUAACCAAACAGGAAUUUCCUGCUAGUGUUGGUAUUUGUCAUCUGCGCUUCUGGUACCACAUGUACGGCUCACAUCACAUGGGUACGCUGAAGGUGUAUACGGUGGGACACAAUGGAAGACACCUGUUAAUAUGGGCAACCUGUGACAACCAUGGAGACACCUGGAAUUAUGCUAAUGUGAUCCUAUCCAACGUAUCACCGUUUAAAGUCAGCAUUGAGGCCGAAGCUGGAGCCAACCAGUGGACAGUUAUUGCUAUAGAUGAUCUCUCAUUUACAAGAGAAUGUCUUGUAGGAGCUGCAGUGACCCCCAUCCCAAUAACAUGCCACAUGGAACAGUUCCAGUGUCUGUAUAUGUUUGAAUGUAUACCACUGAGCUGGCAUUGUGACGGCGAGGUGGACUGUCUUGACCGCUCGGAUGAGGACAUGUGUUCAAGUGAGGAUCCUGGAACUGUGCCUCCACAAGCAGAGUGUGAGAUGGGGGAAUUCAGCUGUAGGAACAACACCUGUAUUCCAGCACUGCUUCGUUGCGAUGCGGUUUCAGACUGCCCCAAUGGAGAAGAUGAGCAUGGAUGCCCCAUUAGGCAAUGUGCUGAUGGGGAAUUGGUGUGUGAGGUGACAGACAACUGUAUAGCAUAUCAGAGACGAUGUGAUGGUAUUGUAGACUGCUCAUCUUUUAACUCGGAUGAGUCCAGCUGUUAUGAGUGUCCGUCUGGGUACUGUCUCAACGGGGGAAUAUGUUUAGUAACGGAGAAUGGGCCAAUAUGCUUUUGUUCAUCACUGUGGGCUGGUAAUCGUUGCAAUAUAAGGCAAAAACCAAUAAUUCCUACAACGCAGGUUAUACCAGAUAGUAAACUAGCUUUCAGUAUUGGUUUGAGCAUUGUGCUGAUCUUCUUGGUCUUUGCCACUGGAGUCAUUUUAUUUUGUUUAUUUCAAAGACGACGUUCACUUAAAGACUCCGGGCUUAUCGACAAUGAAGUGUUGGAUUGCUCUGCUUGUGACGUGCAAAGAAAGCUGCCCUCCCUUGCCAUUAAACCCAGAAGGCCUGGUCAUCAUCGGCUAAACAUCAGUGUUUACCCAUGGAGAGACGAAUCAAAGAUCUCCAUCUCAAAGGAAGCCAAUCUUUCUUUCUCCAAUCCACUCUACAAGUGCUCCAGAAGUUCUGAAGCCUAAACCAAUCACACAAACACACUGGCCGUCAGUCCCUACAGAUUUACAGUUUCUUCAACUUAAUUUGAGCCUCACUGACAGCAUGGCUGUACUUGUUUAAGGUUUAGUACUCUGUUUAUUUCAGUAGAGCUCAUGGGAAGUGAAGUGUGAUCACAUACAAUUAGUAUGUUUAAUUUACAAAAUACGUCAUUUCAACUUGAUCGCUCAUAAAAAGGAGGUUUCAUAAAAAUAACUUUAACUUGUUCCAUAUGCUGUGAUAUUGUAUACUAUACAAUAGCUGACUUAUAAUACCAAGCUUUAAUUUUGCUAAACCUAAGAAGUGCUUUGCUUAUAAAUUGGUAGCAUCCACUUCCAUAAUGGGAAAAGCAUUUCCUCUAUUAUUUCUUUCUAUCAAUGAUUACUUCUAUUUUUGUCUACUAUUAAAAUAUGAAACCAUGCCUUGUGUAAAUAUUGCACUUAAAGAAGACCACAAUGUGCUAUUAAAAGGGGAAAGAAUUAUCAAAUGCAGUUUGUGCUCAGGGUGCCAUUUCAGAAAUGUGUUGCUUUCAUGGCCUGAUUUCCAUCUUUCUCUUUAUGGUUGGGAGAAUUGUAUUUUCAUUCCUUUAAAUGAGUGUUCAGUCACCACUUGGUCUUCAGUUGAAUUUAGCCAGACCGCAUUUUGACAGACAAUAAAUAAUAUUGAAAGCUAUACUCUGAAUGGUAGACAAUCAAUAAGCCAAGGCAAGUUAAGUAGUUCACUAAAUUCUGCAGUUGAAAAAAAACAUCAGCACGAAUGAGUUCAGUUUUUCUUUGAAGUCCUGUAAAAAAUUGUGCUUUGACAACAUACAACGUUCCAAAACACAAUAGAAGAUUCUGUAAAUUUCAAAGAACCUGAGGAUUUUAAUACAAACCCUAAAGUCUUUUAAAUCUGUAAUUCUACAUCUCUUGCCUAUUGGAGCAAGACAUGUUGAGCUUAUAAACUCAUUAAAGACAUGUCAUUCUUCUAUAAAGAGGAUGGUGUCGUCAGUCAAUAUUGUUUCGUUUAAACUGAACAUUGACUGGAUUUGGUCAAAGAUGUUUUGGAGCUUUCUGGACCUCUUCCACACACAAACAGCAUUAAGACGCCUGACACAUUGUCUCUCCCUCUGGAAAUUGUACCACAUGGAAAACACAAUGUUCUAAUAUAAAGAUUAAACAUGCAUAUUAACUUUUUUUUUGUUAAACUUUAAGACGUCCAGUGUACAAUCCAAUAACCUUUGUAGUGUCAGAUCAAUGGUUUUACUUUAGUAAAUGUACAAUGCUACCAUUCCCAACAAUGUACCAUCUGUUUAAAUUAACUUUUUUGGAACAAGACACACUUGUGCUGAUAUAAGUCAAACACUGCUGAAAAUAGAGAACUACAUAAACUAUCUUUGUUCAUGUUUUGAUAUUGUUUAGAGCUCCUUCUUGCAUCGUUCGUUAUUUGUGGUUUUUGUUUUGCAGCCUGUGACUGUAUUAAGAAAGCUGUACUUAUAAUUUCAUUAUCAAUUUUGCUGUGCUAUGAAAACAAAGAGUCUUUAUAAUAUAAUUUAUCAAGCAUACACACACAUUUGCAAUACUGAUUCUCAGCUUUAUAAUAAAAGUCUGU